AUGCCUCAGGUAGUCGACCUGGAGGCACUGGUCUGCGGCGGAGGCGACGGCAAGGUGUCGUGUGAGACCUCCCUGCCCCAGGAUUCCCCUGUUUCUGCGUCUCCGGCGAAGGGGAUGGACGAGCCGGCGGAGUCCUUCCGGCUUCCCUUCAAGGAGGAGAUUGACUGGGUGGACCGCAACGCCGCCCCCUUCUUCGACAGGGACGACUCCACCAAGGAGGUCACCAAUCCCAAGUCGGCCAACCACCAUUUCAGCGGCAACCUUGGCACCAAUCCCAGGGCCAACUCGACCUCGCAGCGGUUCGCCGGCAAGCCCAAGGCCCCUAUCAUCGCCCUCCCCAAUAAGCUCCGCCACUCCGGCUACCUCGGUCACAGCCGCCGGCACGCCCCCAUCUUCCCGAAGAAGGGCCAGCAGGGGAUCAAGCCGCCGGCGCCGGAGUCCGAACCGACCUCGCCCAAGGUCUCCUGCAUGGGGAGGGUUCUCUCAGAUAGGGACCGGAGAAGGUUCCGGAGAAGGACGCCGACGCCGGCUCCGGCUCCGGCUCCGGUCCCGUCGACGACUACUGUAGGGGAGAGGUCCGGGUUUUGGACGGCGAUCUGCAGGGUCUCCUGCUUCCGGCGGCCGAGGAGGUCGGCGGCGGUCGACGACGACGGGCUCCCCUCAUUUCGGAACACCACCACCACCACCAAGGACGGGUCAACGCCGAGGGAAGACGCCGACGGGGAAGCGCCGGCGGCACCGCCGGGGAUGGGGCUAGGCGCCAUGAAGCGUUUCACGUCGGGGAGGAGGUCGGAGUCCUGGGCCGACGAAUUAGACCACGGGUCGAAAUCCGGGCCGUUGCUUGAGAACGAUCCGGGAGUCCUGGGGCGACGAAUGGCGGGCUCGCUGCAAGAUCUGGACUGCGAGCGGGAUUGGAAGAGCUCAGGACCGGCCUCCGUCUGA